AUGCUAAGCAAAAUCUCACAAUCGUGCAAAUCUUCUGCGAAACACUUCACGGCAAAGAAUGCAGCAAUUAAUUCCAACGAAUUAAUUAAUACUGUAUUCUACUUCUUCCUUCGACCAAAUACCACGAGCUCUUUUGCUGUUACAAAAGGCUCUCCAUCCAGGUUUAGAAGCAUCGGAAAAAAUCUCUUUUUAACAUUGAAAGCUUCUGAUUGGAUUGGAAGAAUUAGAAACAUCAUUCUUCCACCAUUAAUGGUGAGAAAUUAUAAAGGAAAGUCAAGAAGAGGCGAUUGGUCAGAAGAGAGCAUGAAAAAUGCGGUGGACUCGGUAGUUGAAGGAAAAAUGGGGUUUUGUCUAGCAGCGAAGACAUUUGCUGUACCUCAAACUACUUUGGAGAGAAAAGUGAAAGCCGUUCUUUUUUCUGUGGACGAAGAGAACGAGUUAUGCAGUCAUCUGUUAGAUAUGGAAAAGAGUCUUUACGGUCUAACGAGUAAAGAUCUUAGAGGCUUAGUCUACCAACUAGCAGUUUGUAAUAAUAAAUCACAUCCAUUUAAUGAUGAAAAUAAAAGAAGCUGGGAAAGACUGGGUGCAAGCGUUUUUAAAAAGACACCCAGAGCUUUCUAUAAGACAACCAGAAAGCACCUCGGCUGCACGUGCUGCCGGAUUCAACAAGCAGGCGCUCAAAAGGGUCGAAAGCAAGUUGGGGCCAUAACUUCCGCAGAAAGAGGUGCGACCAUCACGGUUGAAAUAUGUUUGAGCGCAAGUGGCCAGUAUAUGCCACCCAUGAUAAUAUUUCCCAGAAAGAGGAUGAAUCCGCAACUAAUGAUAAAUGCUGCACCUGGAGCUUGGGAAACUUGCAGUGAAUCUGGCUGGAUGACAGCGGAAUUAUUUCUGGAGUGGUUUAAAAAGUUCAUCAUUUUUAGUGGAGCAACACUCGAUCGUAAAGUUUUGUUGCUGUUAGAUGGACAUAAUUCUCACACGAAAAACCUUUAUGUCAUACGCGAAGCUCGAGCCCACGGGGUUAUCAUUUUAUGUUUUCCUCCACAUACUACUCACCGCCUUCUAGUUGCUGACGUAGUUUAUAUGAGACCGUUAAGCACGUAUUAUGAUCAACAAAUCACUACUUGGCUUCGCAACAAUUCAGGACUGGUCGUUACAGUUCAGCAAGUUGCCGAAAUAUUUGGAAAAGCUUUCAUUCAGGCGUCUACAAUGUCAACGGCUGCUGACUUGAUUCCAUCGCCUCAAGCUACAAUAGAGCCAGCUAACAAUCCGGAUUUAGCUGUCGCUUCUACUUCAACGGCGCCUUCCAUGAUCCCAAAAAAACGCACUUCAGAUAAAUCAACGUUUUCUGUUGUCAGUCCUGAACAACUACUGCCCGUUCCAGUAACAAGGAAAACUUCUCGCGCAUCUCGAAAACGAGGAAAAAAACAAAGAUGA